AUAUAUGAAAAUGAGACACAAAAACUGAGAAAAGGAAGAUCCAUUGUCGGCGUAGGAGUUCAGUGUAGACAAAAACACAGACUGCAGUCACCGAACGGCUCUUCCGAGUCUGUUGUGUGCCGUGCAGACUCUCUGCUCGGGUCUUGACACCUCAGUCAGGGAUCCGGCGAAGGUGUCCGCACGUACUUAGGUGGUCGGUCAGUGAAGGGCCUUGGGGUUUGCGGGUUGUAGACGUGUUUCUUUACACGCCAGAGAGGAAGAAAAGGGAAACUUUAUCAUAGACAUGUAAUAUGGAGGACAUGAGCCCAGCUACCCAGGAGCCUCCUAAGAUGGCAUAUAAGUGUGAAGAAGCAGACUCAGAAGAGGUGAGCAAUGAGGAGGAAGAGAAGAGUCACACACAACACACAGGCCUCCAUUUAACGAGUAACUUGGAGGAAAAACAUGUGGACAUCAAGAAAGAGGACUGUGAAUGGGAAUAUGUGCACCUUCAUCAGGACUGUCCUAGCAUUAAGGAGGAGGACUGUGAGUCCGAGGUGACAUUUGACAGCUGUGACAUGCAGGAAACUGAAAUGGUAAGCAGUGUGAAAAAUGAAGACUUGAAACUGGAGUUUGUCUCCCAGGACGUGUGUUCAGAUGUCACUGGAUUAGGCCUCACUCUGAAGAGUCAGCACACCCUACAGUGUCACUCUGUCCCUGUGAAGCCUGAAUAUUUGGAGUCUGACGUGACCAGGAUUGAGAAAGAAUUAAGUUCAUGUCCCUCUGGAGAAGAUUUACAAGAAAGUCACACAGUCUCUCCAUCAUUAUUUCCUCUUCCCUGUAAGCCACGGGAAAAUGAAAACGUGAAAAAGCUGAAGUUUGGUGCAGAAGUUUUGUUGCCAGCCUCUUUGCCAUGUAGUUCUCUGCCUUUUGAAAAAUUAACUAGUACAAAUGCGCUCAGUGCACAACAUCAGGUGUAUGAUACAGAUGUCACAGCUUCUAAACAGAAAUUUAAAACCAAACAUAAGUGGAGUCACACAAGGCAAAAAUCCUACUGCUGUACUGAAUGUUGCAAACAGUUCUCACGAGCUGACCACCUUCAGACUCACACAAGAAAUCACACUAGCGUGAACCUAUUUUGCUGUACUAAAUGUGGCAAAGAAUUCUUCACCAGUGGCGAUCUUCAAGCCCACAAAAGAAUUCAUACUGGAGAGAAGCCAUAUUGCUGUUCUGAAUGCGGCAGGCGAUUUUGUAACAAGAGCAGUCUUAAGAACCACACAAAAAUUCAUACUGGAGAGAAGCCAUAUUGCUGUUCUGAAUGUGGCAAACGAUUCUCAAGGAAUUGCGAUUUUCAGAUACAUGCAAGAAUUCAUACUGAAGAGAAGCCAUAUUCUUGUUCUGACUGUGGUAGGCAAUUCUCGCAAAAAGGGCAUGUUCAGAGCCACAUGAGAAUUCAUACUGGAGAGAAGCCAUAUUGCUGCUCUGAAUGCGGCAAAAAAUUCUCUAAUAAACGCAACCUUCAAACCCACAGCAGAAUUCACACUGGGGAGAAGCCAUUUUUCUGUACUGAGUGUGGAAAACAAUUCUCUACAAGUAGUCAUCUUCAGUGCCACACACGAAUUCAUACUGGAGAGAAGCCAUACUGCUGUACGGAAUGUGGCAAACGAUUCUCCAGGAGUAACAAUCUUACUUCCCACAGGAGAAUUCACACUGGGGAGAAACCACAUUGCUGUCUGGACUGUGGCAAACGAUUUUUCACUAGUAGCGAUCUUCAGAGCCACACAAGAAUUCAUACUGGAGAAAAGCGAUUCAGCUGUUCUGACUGUGGUAAAAGAUUCUUUGACAACUGUGGCCUUAAAAUCCAUAGAAGAAUUCACACUGGAGAGAAGCCAUAUUGCUGUUCUGACUGUGGUAAACGAUUCUCUACAAGUAGCUAUCUUCAGACUCACAGAAGAGUUCAUACAGGUGAGAAGCCAUAUUGCUGUUCCGAAUGUGGUAAACGUUUCAGUACCAGUGGUGAUCUACAAACCCACAGACGGAUUCACACUGGUGAGAAACCAUAUUGCUGUUCUCAAUGUGACAAACGAUUCUGCACCAGUAGCAGUCUUAAGAGACAUUUUAGAAUCCACAGUGGGGAAAGUAAAUACAGAAUUAAACAGCAGAACAUGACUGAACAGAAGAAUAAUUCCCACCUAGAAAAGAAAUGGAUUCAAAGUGGAACAUAAUAUGUCAUAAUGAGAUACUGGCAAGGGCAAUGAAUGUUUUGAAGAAUUAAAGCAAAACAUAAAAGCACAAAUGAGGUGAAGUGACAGCAGAAGUGUAAGUUGUACAAGCUACACAGUAAUCUCGAUAAUAUCGUCCCUGCUAUCCAACAGGCAGAGACUAGAAAAUAAAACAUAGUAAGUGCACCAAUCUAUGUCCUAAAAGGAUUAAAAUGCUUAAAAAAGGCAGAAGUAGCUCUUACAAUAUGGACAAAGUGAACCAGCAAAACCAGAAUGGACCUCCUCAAUAGAGAUGAGUGCAAAGAACCACACGGAAGAGAGCCAUUACAGAGGAUGUUUAUAAACUGCACUGAAUACAUCCUAAUAUUUAAGGUAGGCGCAACUGCGUAAUCUACAAAUGAAUUGUCAAUCCCAGUUUUAUUCCACAGCUUUGGAGUAUUCAACUGGGUAGAAACAGAUUUUCCAUAAAGUGAACACACACACAUACACAAAAAAUAUAUAUAUUACGUACACAUCAAAUGAUUUACAGAACUAUACAUGACAAGGGCAUCUUCAGAGUAAAGGUGCAAUGAUGGCAAGAACUUCAUAAUAAUAUAACCAACACUUGAAGAUCAUCAGACAUUGGGGAUCCGUGAUCAAUUGUACAAUACUGGUGGAUUCUCAAAGUAAAGCAGGCAUUAUGGAGAAGUGUCUGAGGCUGUGGACUUUAAAUCACAAGGUUCCAGGUUCAACUCAACCUUUCCCUUACAGUAUGAACCAGAACAAGUCACUUAAUCAUACAGAUACCUGUACAUAGCUGUAAUAUGUCUUGAUCUUAUAAAGCUUCUUGGAUAAACAUGCCAACCAACCGUACUUUAUAAGUAUUUAUACAGAGAGUGACCUCACAAAAUUACCAGACUGCUCCUUGGGAAAUGGCAAACAU